AGGAAACAACCGAUUUUUACUUGAGUGAAAAAACAUUUAUGAGAAAUAUGUUUAUAUUUUGUUUCGUCUAGUAUAUUCCAGUUUGUGCAGCAGCAAUUACAUUAGAAAUAAGAUAUGUUUUAUUGUCUGUGGUUUUAAGGUUUUAUGAAGUAAUCAACCACGUGUUAACAAUUUUAGCAAUAUACGACGUAGCAAUAUAACAAAUUCAGCAAAGCUGAAAUUUUUCUUCUAACAAAGGAUGUCUUUCGAUGAAAAGUAUGACUCUCUGGAAGAACUAGGAAAAGGUGCAUUUGGAAUAGUUAAAAAAUGCAGAAACAAAAUGUCAGGUCAAUUUGUAGCUGCAAAAUUUGUUCGAAAAACGCAAAAAUCCAAAAUGGAGUUCUCAAGGGAAGUUGAUAUAAUGAAUAAACUGUGUCAUGAUAAAAUAAUACAGUUCAUUGAGUCAUUUGAGAGCGAAAAAUAUCUUAUAAUAGUUAUGGAGUUAGUUGAUGGGAAAGAGCUAUUUGAAAAGGUACUGGAGGAUGACUUUCAGCUUUCUGAAAAAAAGGUUGCCGAGUGUAUACGACAGAUUUUAAUUGCUUUGAAUCACAUGCAUGAGAAAAAUAUUGUUCAUCUUGAUUUAAAACCUGAAAAUAUACUUUGCUAUGACUCAAAAAUUCAAUUGACUAUUCAAAAUGCAGACAAUACUAGUGAAGAAGUAAAAAUAAUUGAUUUUGGAUCAUCUCGUGAGCUUCGAAAAGGCAUACAAGAAUCUGUGUUAUGCGGGACACCUGAAUACGUAGCUCCUGAAGUAAUUGCGUAUGAUCCGAUAUCUUUAAAAACAGAUAUAUGGUCUGUAGGAGUGAUAACAUAUGUUUUAUUAAGCGGCAAUUCGCCUUUUUUGGGCGAUACCGAUGUUGAAACUAUGUCUAAUGUGACUGAAGGAAAAAUUGAUUUUGAAGAAGAUUGUGAAUCAUUUGAGAGCGUCACUGAAGAUGCUAAACAGUUUAUUAUAGAUUGUUUAAAGAUUGACCCCCGAAAAAGGAUUUCCGUGAGUGAAGCAUUAAAUCAUAAAUGGCUCAAAAUGGAAACUAACAAUGAAUCGAUACGUAAUAUAGAAAAAUUAAAAACUUACGUCGCAAAAAGAAAGUGGAAGGGUGUAAUACAUGCUGUCAGAGCAGUUGGAAGGUUUGCGGCUAAAUCAACUUUACCAGAAUCUCAUUUAGCUGAGACUCAAUGUAUUCAAACUUUAUGUAGUAGAAUUGUGGAGCAGGUUUUGUAAAUUGCAAAACACUUUUUAUCUAUAUCUAAUGAUUAACGAGACGCACUUUGGAAUUUAUCACCUACGUCCUAUUGAAAUAAUGUCAUUUAAAGAUUUUUUGUAAAUCUUAUAGAACUUUACAAAUUACUUUAAUUUCAAUUUAAUUAAAUCAUUUAACACCUUUGUAUAAAAUGUUUUAAUUGCUUACACCAUGAGUGAAAUACAUAAUGGGCAUAAGUUAAUAGG